UCACAACCAGCACCAGGGUCCCGGCGUGACAUUCAGCGGAGUUUAGGGUCGCGUUUAAGCAGGAAUACAUCUCCCCCGGGGUCUCCUCAGCUGCUGUCAGAAUGAGACUAUUAAAAGCGGGUCUGUGUCUGACAAAAACGCAACUGUUGGCACCAGGGAGCGUCACGGUUAAAAAGGUGCUCAUCAACAGCUGCCGGACCUGCUCCUCCGGCAUCUUCCCCAACGAGACGAUCCGUAACAUCGGGAUCUCUGCUCACAUCGACUCCGGGAAGACCACCCUGACCGAGAGGAUCCUCUACUACACCGGCAGGAUCGCAGAAAUACACGAGGUGAAGGGGAAGGAUGGGGUUGGAGCCACUAUGGACUCCAUGGAGCUGGAGAGACAGAGAGGCAUCACCAUCCAGUCAGCUGCUACAUACACCAUGUGGAGGAACCAUAACAUCAACAUCAUCGACACACCAGGUCACGUGGACUUUACCAUUGAGGUGGAGCGGGCGCUGCGUGUGCUGGAUGGAGCCGUGCUGGUUCUGUGUGCAGUUGGAGGCGUCCAGUGUCAGACCAUGACCGUAAACAGACAAAUGAAACGCUACAACGUACCCUUCCUCACCUUCAUAAACAAGUUGGACCGAAUGGGAGCCAACCCCAACCGAGCCCUGCUGCAGAUGAGAUCCAAACUGAACCACAAUGCAGCAUUUGUAAACAUGUCCAUGGGCCUGGAGGGGAACAUACGUGGCAUCAUUGACCUUGUAGAAGAGAGGAGCAUGUAUUUUGAAGGGCCAUUUGGUCAAAAUGUCCAAUAUGGGGAGAUUCCCCCCGAAUUUCGUGCAGAAGCUACAGACCGCAGGCAGGAGCUGGUGGAGUGUGUGGCUAACGCUGAUGAAACCUUGGGGGAGAUGUUCCUGGAGGAGAAAAUUCCAACCAAUGAUGACCUGAAGGCUGCGAUCCGCAGAGCCACCGUGCAGCGUCUCUUUACGCCGGUGCUGGUGGGCACGGCCUUGAAGAACAAGGGUGUCCAGCCGCUGCUGAAUGCCGUCCUGGAGUACCUGCCAAACCCCAGUGAAGUCAAAAACUAUGCCAUCCAAAAUGAUGAAGAGUCCACUGAAACCUCAAAGAUUGAAAUGGACCCUACAAGAGAUUCUUCAAACCCCUAUGUUGGCUUGGCCUUCAAACUAGAGGCCGGGAAGUUUGGUCAGCUGACGUAUGUGCGAGUGUAUCAGGGAUGUCUAAAGAAGGGAGAAUACAUCUACAACACUCGCACAGGCAAAAAAAUCAGAGUCCAGAGGCUUGUGCGUCUGCACGCUGAUCAGAUGGAGGAUGUGGAUGAGGUUUAUUCUGGAGAUAUCUGCGCUUUGUUUGGGAUUGACUGUGCGAGUGGAGACACUUUUACAUCUAAGACGAACGCCAACAUCUCCAUGGAGUCCAUUCACGUCCCAGAGCCUGUCAUUUCCAUGUCCAUGAAGCCAGCUAACAAGAAUGACAUGGAUAAGUUCUCCAAAGGCAUCAACCGUUUUACCAGAGAGGAUCCCACCUUUAGAGUGUAUUAUGACACUGAGAGCAAAGAGACCAUCAUCUCAGGCAUGGGCGAGCUGCAUCUUGAGAUCUACUCUCAGAGGAUGGAGAGAGAAUACAACUGUCCCUGCGUGAUGGGGAAACCCAAAGUGGCUUUCAGAGAGACGGUCACCAGCGCUGUACCGUUCGACUUCACCCAUAAGAAGCAGAGUGGUGGGUCUGGGCAGUACGGGAAAGUUAUUGGGGUCCUUGAGCCUCUUGAGCCGGAGCAUUACACCAAGCUGGAGUUUGAUGACCAGACUGUUGGAACCAACGUGCCAAAACAGCUUGUGCCAGCGGUAGAGAAGGGCUUCAGGGAGGCCUGUGAGAAGGGACCUUUGAGUGGACACAAGAUCUCGGGUGUUAAAUUCCUCCUGGAAGAUGGAGGUCAUCACAUCGUCGACUCCAACGAGAUCUCUUUCAUCCGUGCAGGAGAGGGGGCUGUGAAACAAGCUAUGGAAAAGGCCAACGCCGUCAUCCUGGAGCCAAUUAUGUCUGUGGAAGUUGUUGCACCUGUGGAGUUUCAAGGAACAGUCAUUGCUGGGGUGAAUCGUCGCCAUGGAGUCAUCACAGGACAAGAUGGAGCUGAGGGAUACUUCACUUUGUAUGCGGAUAUUCCACUCAAUGAUAUGUUUGGCUAUUCUACAGAACUACGUUCCUGCACUGAAGGAAAAGGCGAGUACACCAUGGAUUACAGUAGAUAUCAGCCCUGCCUGCCAGCAACACAAGAAGAUCUCAUCCACAAAUACUUAGAGGCCACAGGACAGCUGCCUGCUAAGAAAAACAAGUGGAAGAGCUAAAAAACUGUCCCUCCAAUUGUUCAUUGUUGGACUUUGACAUCACAGCAGUCCUUCGUCGCUACAGAUUUUCCACCAAUCUUCAACAAGGACUCCAGAAUAAUGCUCAAAUUUUUGGAGCUGAACAAAAAUCUUUGACAUUUUACUUUUCAUUGCUGUUUUAAGUCCUUCCCUCAUAUCCGAUCCUUUAGAAAAACAUAUUUAUUACCUUCAUUUUAGCACCAUUUCACCUCAGAAUGC